AGCCAGCGGGGGAGGGGCUAACGCGCUCGCUGGCUAGCCCGAGAAACUGUCAACGGGUCCGUCAGCCCCCCUCGACGCAGCGCUAACGUUAAACCUCCCUUCCAGCUACAUGACUACGUUGUUCCUCUCAAAGUUAUGAGUUAUUUAUUUCCAAGAGGCAAGUCGUCGUUUUCCACUCAGCGUUAGCUUGCGAGAAGAGGCCCCCGCUGGCUGCCCACAACGGACAGACAUGGAGACCCGGGGGAUCGAGGACAUGUUCGACUUUCGUCGGGUUCCGAAAGAUGGACUUGUUCUUCUGCUUCUGCUCCUCUACUCUCCCAUCGGCUUGUGCUUGAUGCUGCUGCGAGUUUUCAUCGGCGUUCAUGUGUUCUUAGUCAGUUGUGCGCUUCCAGAAAGUUUUGUUAGACGAUGUAUUGUAAGAAUCAUGUGCUCAGUCCUGGGGAUGCACGUAAGACAGAAAAACCCUCGCUCAAGAGACAAAAAUACCAAGUGGUACAUCUGCAAUCAUGUGACAGAGUUUGACCACAACAUCAUCAACCUCCUGACACCAUGCAACACUCCACAGUUGGAGGGUUCCACGGGCUUUGUGUGUUGGGCCAGAGGCUUCAUGGAAAUGCAUUCAGCAUCAGGUCAGGGAGUUGUAGGGGAGUCUCUUCAGCAGUAUUGCUCCACUGAAGGCACCACACCUCUGCUUCUGUUUCCUGAAGAGGACACCACGAAUGGCCGAGCUGGUUUGCUCAAGUUCAGUUCCUUGCCUUUCUCAUUGACUGAUUCCAUCCAGCCCAUGGCCCUGAGGGUGACCAGACCGUUGCUCGCUCUGAACACACCAGAGUCCAGCUGGCUGACCGAACUCUUGUGGACAUUUUUUGCUCCAUGUACAGUGUAUCAUGUAAGCUGGCUCCCCCCGGUGUCUAGACAAGAUGGCGAGUCUGUGCAAGAGUUUGCCAACAAAGUCCAGGAGCUCGUGGCCUGUGAGCUCGGCCUGGUCUCCACCAAGAUAACUAAAGCAGAUAAAGCCGAGCACGUCAAAAGGAAACGACACGUGACGCCACAAACCUCUACAGGUGUCAGAGCCAGCUCCAUUUCCCUUAGUUUCAGGGUGCAAAACUCCGGGGCGGAGGACUACAGGAUUAUUAGGAUGGCCCAGCAAGUGAAGGACGUGCUGCCCGACGUCCCUCUGAAUGUCAUUACACGGGAUCUAGUAAAAACCAAUUGUGUUGACACCACCAUAACAAAUCUGCUGGAGAACUCGGAUGACUCUCCAUCAGAAGCAGCUGGGGCAGCAGCAUUUGGUCCUUCCAGGAGUUCCUCCUCCUUUUCAUCUGGUUCCCUCCCAGCUGUCAAGCCUGCUACCACAUCGUUUGGGAAGUCGCCGGUUGACAGACACUUGUCUCUGCAGGAGAGGAAAGAAGCAUUGUAUAAUUUUGCUAGAAGACGCUAUAUCGAAAAACACGGACUGGAGUAGAACGAUAGUCGUUGAAUACACCACGGGUCAAGCCAUUACUCAACCUCUGUUGGAAAGGAAAACAUUAAACUUGCAUCGCUGUCAGAUUCAAAUGGUGAAUUCAUAUUUUGUUAACAGGUUUGUUGAAAACAGAUUUUGUUGAUCACAAACGCUGUGGACAGUUCUCUGAACACGUGUGAGUCCAUGGGAUGGUGAAUAUGCAUGUUAAAUUCAUCAUUCUGGUGACGACAUAAUUUUGAUAACAAAUUUGUAUUAUGAUCCACUGAUUGUGAAUCAUCUAUUUAUUUUUAUAAUGUCCGGAGCCCUUGAUGACAAUAAAGCUGAGCUUGAUCUUGCUUUUAA